AUGGUCCCCUCAGCGUCAGCGGCCACUGCCGCCAAUAGGGCGUCACCGAGCGCAACGCGUCAUGGCACCGGGAUUUAUCGGCCGCGUCGCGUGAGGACGUGGCAAGCGUCGAAUGUACUGACGUCGGGCGCGCUUGCUGGCUGCACUGCCAGUGCCACUGGACUCUAG